UUCGAUGGAAAUCAGUUCGUAUUGUUCACCGUACAGUUCUUCAUCGAGAAAGACUUUGGUUUCUAACUGGAAUACUCUUAAUCUUUAUCAUCCUCGAGUCUACGGCUCCUUUGACAAUUCGUUAUUGUUAUUAUUAUUAUUAUUUUUAAUUAGGAAAAAAUGGGAAAGGAUGACGCGGAAACAACAGCCUUAAAAAAGGAAUUGGAGGAUCUCAUCAACAAGUGCAAGGAGGAUCAGAAAAAACAACAAGACACUACUUUGGAGGAAGCAUGUGGUAGCGUGGCAGAUGCUCCAAAAGUAAAAUUAUCUACGAAGAAGUUAUUGAAAGGUCAUAUAAAUAAGGUGAACUCCGUACAUUUCAGCGGCGACAGCAGACACUGCGUAACAGGAUCGUUGGAUGGAAAAUUAAUAAUUUGGGAUUCUUGGACCGGAAACAAAGUCCAAGUAAUACCAUUACGUUCGGCUUGGGUGAUGUCGGUGGCAUUUGCACCUUCCGGUAAUUUUGUUGCCUGCGGUGGAAUGGAUAAUAUGUGUACCAUUUACGAUGUUAAUAAUCGCGAUGCCACCGGCUCUGCUAAAAUCACUCGAGAGUUACUCGGCUAUGAAGGAUUUCUUUCGUCUUGUAGAUUUCUCGAGGACAAAAACAUUAUUACUGGCUCCGGCGAUAUGAAAAUUUGUAUAUGGGAUCUCGAGGCGAAUAAAAAAACUACAGACUUUUGUGCACACGCGGGAGAUGUUGUAAGCAUAAGUCUUUCGCCUGAUGGUAACACUUAUGUAACCGGUUCCGUUGACAAGACUUGCAAACUUUGGGAUUUGCGAGACGAAACUGCCAAACAGACAUUCUUUGGACACGAUGCUGAUGUCAAUUCCGUUUGCUAUCAUCCUUCGGGACAAGGUUUCGUAACAGCCUCGGAAGAUAAGACAGCUAGAUUAUGGGACUUCAGAUCCGAUCAGCAAUUAGCAACGUUCAAACCACCAAAUUCAAAUCCAGGAUUUACAUCUUGCGGAUUAUCACUCAGUGGUAGAUUCAUAUUUUGUGGAAGCGACGAUAAUUCUAUUCAUAUAUGGGAUACGUUGAAGAAUCAACACAAUGGUAUUCUAUCGGGUCAUGAGAAUAGAGUAACGUCGCUCAGUGUUACUAAUAAUGGUAUGGCAGUAGCCAGUUGCUCUUGGGAUCAAAAUGUUCGAAUUUGGGUAUAAAAUGUUUGCGAUAAAUAAUUAUUGUUUAUAAAGUGUGCUUAUGAAAAAUAAAAUAAAAUGAAAAAAAAAAAAAAGAAAACAACGCAAAAAGGAAAUAAAUAAGAUAAUAAAAAAGAAAUUACAAAGAAAUUCGAAAACACGAAGGACGAUUUAAAAUUGUUUGAUAAUUGUAUAUAAAUACUUAAAAGUCAUAGAAUAAUGAUUAUUUUCAAUUGUUGUCACGAUAAAACAAUUUAUAGAGUGAUCGUUCGAUACAAUAAGUAUUUAUGUUUAUACCAAGAAACUACAUUUCUUAUAAUUUAGUUUAAUAAUUUAAUCGAUCUCAUGUACUAAUCAAUGAAUGCAUACACAUAUAAAUGUCUGGUGACUUUUAGAAGAAGAAAUAUAAUUUAUGUUAUAACGCA